GGCGUAAUGCUACUCCCUCUCGGCUGUUUUAUCGAUUUUGGUAGAGCCUCGAGAUGGUAGAAGUCGAAGUCUUCUUCAUUUUCCGUGUCAGUUCUUUGUGGCUUUGGCGCACAUUCUGGACUGGAACAAGCGUUUUGUGGGGUGGUGCAUCUGUGAUGGUCUGUUUUGAUGUAAGCUGGUUUCAAAUUACUGAAGUUUGCAACUGUACGAAGAUUGCCCUCAUUUCAUACGUGACUGUUACAAGCACUUUGAUGACGUCAUACUGUCCUAACCAUCUGUCAGCAAAGUUCUUGCUCUCGCCUUCCCUGAACACAUGACGGGCAAGAUAUAAUGUUUUACAAACUUGGUAAGAUUCUCCUCGAAUCCUUUUGUCGCCAAGAUUUUUCUGUUUUGCAGAAUGUCUUGAUUACGGCGAACUUCCUCGAAGACUGUGAACAGACGUGCAUGGAGAUAAGCAGCGUACUCGUCUAUUGGGUGACAAUGGAUGAUGACGCGAUGAACAUAAGGCCCAUGGGUGACCUAGAGAUCCUACCAUACACUGGGAAAGCUGGAGGAUACUUUAUCAGGGCGUGUUGCGAAGUAUUGUAGGCCGUUGUAACAGGAAUACCUCUACAACGAUUGCGACACCAGUUCACCACCAGAGCGAUUCGGCCAUGCAGAGACAAGAUUUGACACUCCUGCCUUCAGCUUUUAUCAGUCCUCGAAAUUUCCACGACCCUGCUCGCAGCGCCAAUGUGACAGCUCGGUUAUCAUUCAGGUCGAGAAAGAAACGACUUCAGCUUUGUGUACAAGACUGGUUUUAUUGUUGUAACAAGACGUAAACCUUGCUUUCAACAAACAAGCCUACCAACAGAGCACGUAUGUCCGUCCCGGCGGUACCACCCUAAGGGCAGGCCUAGCUGUGGACGGUAACCCUGAUCCUAACACAGACCAUGUUUCCUGCUCCCACACCCACAUGGGCUACCUGCCAUGGUGGAUGGUAGAUCUGGGUGAAGAACUACUCGUCAUGGCUGUGAAGGUCACCAACAGAGAUACCAGCUUUGAAAGACUAAGAGAUUUUACAAUAGAGACCGGCACAGUCGGAAGUACCAAUGGUACACUGGUGGCGCCCAAGCUUUGUUACUUCGCCGCCGGGAUCCAGGGUCGGGCCACCACCGUGCGCUACCAGGGCGUUGCGCCAAUCAUGGCUAGGUUUGUUAAAAUCUCUCUGACUGCAUCCGGUUACCUGCAACUCUGUGAGGUUGCCGUCAUUGGCACAGAGACACAGAAGUUUUACUUGCUAGAGCAGCGAAAGAACAAGAAGUCGAACGGCACAGUUCUGUUCUCGGGUCUCCUCAAGUCAGUGGCCACAUGCGUGGCACAGUGCAGCCAGACCAAGUCCUGUACUUCCAUAAACAUCAAGACUAUUCCCCCGGGCACAGUGCUCUGUGAGCUGAGGACUGACAGUCCUAGCAAUGUACUGGACAGUCUGGUGGACGCCUCGGGCUGGGUACAUUAUUUCCCCUGA